UUGGUAGCGCACUCGUGCAAGUACGUUCUCUGCUAUAAACUGGGCCUAACGGGAAGCGGUAGUUCUGCCCUGGCUGAGUUGUGAUGUCUGCUCAAGAAGAAGUUCAAGAGGAGGACGUCGAAGCGGUUCCGGAACCGCCAAGCAAAGUCCCUGCUCCUGGAAUAACAGUGGUCGCAAGCUGGACCUGCGCCAUUUUGUUUGGCCUCACAACAGGAACCAUCAUAGUCACUUCCCUGGCGUUCUUCAAGGAAGCCGAUGACUCCGAAGUAAGAUCCUCUGAAGAAAGGCCCCGACGAACCUAUCCUUCUUGCCUCACGGAAUCAUGCGCCGCCGCUGCAGAAGCGCUGACUAUGACCCUAAGCUUCAGCGUGGAUCCCUGCCACGACCUGUUCGCCUUCGUUUGUCGCAGAUAUCACGCCAAUUUUUUCCGGAUACUCAGGGCACUGGAGAAUGACAUCACCACUCAUGCGACUGCCGUUCUUUUCAAAACCCCGGUCCCUGCAAUGCAGCAAGCAUCGGCUAUUCAGAAAGCUGCGAUCUUGUUCAGAUCCUGCAUGCGAAUGUUCGUGAAUCUUGGUCAAAACACAGAGACGAGUUCAGUUUUCGAGUCUCUCAUGCAGGAAUUCAGCCUUAGUUUGCAAUACAGUAAAAGCAGUACGCAGAGCGAACCGAUCGAGACAAUUAUGGGUCUAGGCGUUAAAUACAAUAUUGAAGCAUUCCUCUCCUUAGCAGUUGGCAAUAACCUCCUAUGGAGAAAAAGCAGCACUGUGAAAAUAUCUUUUAGCAAGGAUGAUAUCGUAUGGUACGACACGAUCGAGAAAGACAAGGACGCCCAGAAAAUAUACGCAAAAUAUUAUGACGCGUACUACGGGUCUGCCACAUCCCAGACAAAUCAAGAGUUUCUACGUAAUGUCGAAAACUUAGAGGAGAAAAUCAUGAAAAUCGUUCAAAAAAUUCCACUCAAAGCUGACGACAAUGUAGUGUACGAACUGAUGUCUUUGAAAAGCCUUGAGCAAAAGUUUAAAGAGCCUGUAUUGCAAAAUGGCCAGGGUUUUUUUAAGGACGAUAGCAGCGUUCAUGUUGACCCUAAGGCGAUGCGCUUUACGGAGGAGCUUAGCAAAUUUUCGAAGCAGGAUGCAAAUUUUGCGGUAGCUUACACCCUACUUCGAAAAUACGUGAUGUAUGCAUCUUCCCCUGUCCUGAGCAAAGUGUCACCGGCACCGCUGCCCCGACACCUGUGCAUAGCGCGUGUGUCUGAAGUGAUGCCUGGGGCAAUUGGGGCGGCCUACCUUUUCAAGCUCAUCAGCAACAGCACUAUCCAGGAAGCCGCGAACAUUGCCUUGCGCACAAGAGAUGCUUUCAUCGCAGCCAUUUCCAAGACAAAGUUUCUGGAUCAGCCGUCCAUAACAGCUGCCAUCACGGAACUGAGAACGAUGGAAUUCUAUGUGGCCUUUCCAAAGAUCCUCGCCGAUGUCAACAAGUUGAAUGCGUUCUACGAGCCUCUCGACGUAAAAGAACAAGACCUUUUCUUCGAUUCUUGGAUAAAGGCUUCCGUGGCACUGCAGCGCAAGAAAAUGAGCGACGUGAGCGGGGCUGUGUAUACCGUGGACAAGCCGGAUGUUUUCUACGUAGUUCAAAGCAACCGUUUAGUUGUCUUGGCACCUGCCCUGCGUCCGACGCUCUUCCUCGUAGAAGGUCCGGAGUCAGUGAACCUCGGGAGGCUUGGGGCUGUGAUUGGAAGGGAGAUAAUGUACGGUUACAAUGUCAACGGCAGUGAAUACGACUCCAUGGGGCAAAUACACUACUGGUGGUCCCCUUCAGCGAAGGAGCACUACUUGAAGAUGGCGGAAUGCGUGCAGCAGUCGGCUAAGAACUUGACGAAGGGCGACACAUCGUUAAGCAGUAAAACGGUGGCGCUGCUCUUAGCUGAGGUGGUAGGAUUACAAAUGGCGCUGCAUGAGUUUGGUCGGUCCGGCGGCGAACAUAGUGGAGUGCUUCCAUCGCUUCCAUUCACGCCCGCGCAGCUUUUCUUCUUGGCUCACUGCUAUAAGUCGUGCGGUCUUGGUAAUACUCAAAACGCAGCCACCAAUGAGGAUCGGUGUAAUAUACCAGCGAUGAACACGGAGCAGUACGCAGAUGCUUUCAACUGCUCUCACGGUGACCGGAUGAAUCCUGCGAAAAAGUGUAUCUUCUUUUGAUUAAUGUCGUUUAAUUUUCGGCAUAUAUGGUCUUUGCCUCCAAACAUUGUGCAAUACCAGUUGAUCUUGUUCUACCAAUGAAUAUAAGCGCCACAAAAUCUCUG